GAUAACUUUCGUUUUCAUGUCGGACUCGGGAUCCUUUGAAAUGUGAACCCAAAUAUUCCCUUUCUUUUCCGUGUAAACUUACAGAUACUGAAAUAGUUUAAGUUGUUUGGUUGCAUAAUCCUAUACUAGGUUGAUAUUUAUAGGAUCUUACAUGAUUUGACUUUCUGGAUUUGAAGAUUUGAGCAAUGGACCCCACCAACAAAGACAUCAUUCCUACGUCGCCUCUAGAAAGAUUUAAACCCCUUCAGGAAAGUUAUCAGAAAAGACUGAAAACUUUCAGUAAAUAUCCAAAGAAUGCAGUGAAGAGGAAGGAAGAGCUUGCUGAUAACGGCUUUUAUUACCUUGGCGAAGGAAAAGACGACAAGGUCCAGUGUACGUUUUGCGGAAUCAUAAUAAAUAACUGGGAGGAAAAGGAUGAUAUUCAAUCAGAGCAUCGGAAAUAUUCCCCUUCAUGUUCUCGAGUUCUUGACAAUGACCGCAAAAACUUUGGUGCCAAUUUACAUGGAGGACUUUCUCGCGUUGACUUAAUAAGGAAUAUAAUGGAUAACACGAAACAGGCUGUUAUUCCUCAGAUGAAGGACUAUAAUUUAAGAUUAAAGUCUUUCAAUGAUUGGUCGUUCAGUGAGACAGAAAAACCCUCAAUAGAAGCUAUGGCAAAAGCUGGUUUAUUUUACACAGGUAAGAAUGACACUACACAAUGUUGGUUUUGUGGGAAUCUGCUGGAAGAAUGGGAACCAGAAGACAAACCUAAAGAGGAACACGACGCUAACUUUCCAGAGUGUAUGCUGGCUCCUCAAUAAAGUAAAAAAAGAAAAGGGGGGGGGGGGCUUUUAUUUGGUUUGAUCCAUUUAAUGAAGGAUCUUGUAAACGUUAUAUAGUCAUUGUAUUUAUAAAUAAUUGUUCAAUUGUGGAAAAAAGAUGUGAUGAACAAUGAUUAAUCACAGGCAUUCAUCAUGUUUACAGCCAUAACAAAAUAUAUAUGUAAUAUACUUUGAAACAUCAAGUUGUACUCUUUAUUUAAAGUACACACGCUAAAAACACAAUGAAAGUGAAGUGCCUGUGAUGAAAAUGUAUAUGAAUUUCUUUAUAUCUGACAAAGUCCUAUAAAUAGAGUUUGAAUAGCAAGAAAUGAAAACCACUUGACUCUAGUAUGAAUACAGUA